CUUUUCUACUAAUUCAACAUUCAUUAAUCAUUUUUCAUCACUCAUUCUCAUCUAUAGACAUACACACACAUACAUACGCAUUCCCCUUGUUCUUCAGUUCUGAUUAGCCCUGGGAUAUCUUCAUUCACACCAUGUUUCUUCAGGCGGGAAAUCCGCUUUUCGGCUCUGCACCGUCGCAGCCCGCGGGUGACAUCCAGGACCUAUUUAUGUACGAGUCGUAUUUUGACGAGUACACAACCACGGGAUCGUCGCUCAACAAUAACCCUUCAACACUGCAGCAACAGCUGCAACAACAGCAGCAACAGCUCCUACACCAGCUAAAUCUCCAGCAGCAACAACAGCAACAGCAACAGCAACAGCAGCAACAGCAGCCCCCGCAGCCAUUUCCCCUGGAGCUACAGCUUCAAUCAUUCCUUACUUCCACCGCAGUUCAGCAGCAUCAACAACAGCAACAACAACAACAACUGCAGGCCCAACAUGAACAGCAGCAGCUGUUGCUCAACACACAAGCACAACUUGCUGCCUUCCGCUGGGCACUUGCUCAAACAGCUUUUAAUAACAAUAGCAACAACCUCAAUCCUACCCCUUCCAACCUUGUUACAGCAGCAGCAACAGCGGCUACAACGGUCACAUCACCACCGGAUUCUAUAGCCUUCUUUGGUUCACCGAACAUGAUAUCCUCUUCACUCUCUCCCCAAUCAGACACAUUGAUGCUUCCUACCUCGCCAAGUGCCUUCUCUAGUGAGAAUGAUCCCAUGUUGUCUCCUACCCUCUUGUCCUCUCAAACUACGGCAGUAGCAACAGCAGCGACUACUACUACAACUACCCCCAUGCAAAAUUCCACUACCAAGACUGAAAAGACAAAGACAGCCAAGCGUCAGUCCAUGGAUGAUGGUGUAGAUGCUGAUGCCAAGACCACAGCAUCAGGAAACGCGAAACGAUCAAAAAAGACAUCUUCCACUACCAAAGGAACAGCGCCCUCAGUACCCAAGAAACCUAGGACCAAAAAGACAUCAAAAGUUGGAUCAGAUCAGAGUGAUAUGGAAAUGUCGGUCAGUUCCUCGGCUUCAGUGGCCUCUACAACGCCUUCACCACAGACAUUAGCCCUGCAGCUCCCAACUUCAGCGACAGCAGGAGCGUCUGGCGCAACAAGUUUAUCAACAUCCACUGGAGGUCUCUUCCAGGCUUUACCACUAAUGCCCAUUACACCAACUUCGAUCGCUACGACUUCAUCACCAGGCGUCAUUCCCUUCUGGAAAAUGGCACCUGGUAUGGUCUUGCCGCCCACCAUGCCCUUAUCUGCGACCGGAUUUGACCCUAAUUCCUUUGCAGGCGCAAUAAUGCCUGGGAUUGAUGCCUCUACAGCACCAGUGACAUCGACGACCACAACGCAACAGAUUUCAGCAACUUCACAGCCGGGGCAACCACAGCCGGUGCAGCAAAAAGUACCAAUUACGCGCCUCAAGCCUCCACAAGCGCUCGUUACUCCAGUUCCAACACCUACUACAGCACAAGGAAAUCAGCCAACCAAACAGCAAAAGAAGGUCGCCCAUAACGCUAUCGAGCGUCGAUACCGCAACAACAUUAAUGAUCGUAUCAAUGACCUUAAGAAUGUCGUGCCAGCCCUUUGCAAUGUCAAAACCAAGGACGAGAAGGAUGAUGAUGACGAUGAGGAGCCGGAGGAUGCAGACGGAGUAACAAGGGCAACCAAACUCAACAAGGCCACCAUCUUGAGAAAGGCGACAGAGUACAUCGUUGUUCUGCAAAAGCGAGAAGCUGCAACCAAAGCAGAGAAUGCAGUCUUGCGAAAAUUGUUGACGUCUCUUCCAGGCGGUAUGGAUCUUUUGGAGCAACAUCAAGCAAACGAAGCCAGUGCAAAAGACGAAAAUCCGAUAGCAACUGAAUUCUCGUCUGAAGAAUCAAUCUCUGAACCAACCACACCGCCACCAACCUCGACCACAUCCCCAGGAGCAACUCGUGUGUUGAUGGCCUUCUUUAUGUGUGCAACUCUCUUCACUUCUCCAGAAGGUAACGCAGGAGUUAACAGAGUCAUGAUGGAUGAUGGACAAGGUGCAGGCCGUGUAAUGAGCUCGUCAUCUCAAGUUUUUGGACAAUCGACAUCGGCACAAACCUCAGUUAGCAGCAAUAUCUGGAGUCCCUUCAAUGUCGUUACAUGGGAUGCGUGGGCAUUUCUUCGUACAUUUGUCUUUAUGGGGUGUCUCUUGGCCUUGGUUUGGCCAUCAUAUUCUCGCCGUGGGCCAUUCGCUCAGUCCAAAUUCCCAGUGAUGCCAAAAUCAUCUUCCCCUGCACAUGUAUACACAACACUAUCGGGACUUGUUCCCAAGACGAUUCAUUCAUCGUAUGUUCGACUCUUCUUUGCCUUGUCUCAGGAGUUAUGGCGCUGUCUCUGGAUCCGUCUUGGUUUUUACCCUGAUCUCACGGAUAUGGUUCGACCUGAUAUUUGGGCUCGUGUGGUAGAGGUUCAAAUGUCUGGAGGCGCUGGGGUGUCUGUAAGCCGAUUCAUGCUAUUAUACACGAUUGUCAGGACAUUGGACGAGUACACAAAUGCUCGCCGACAGCCACCAGCUCGUGUCUCUGCUACAGCUGCAUUAGCAUUCUACAUUUCAUUACACAAGGCUGCCAAACCGCUUGCAACUUUGGUCGCUCAACAGUUCAUGGAAUCUGCACGGUGGACAGCCAAGAUAUCAGGUAUUGGCCAGGAUCGGUGGCUCGAGAGCAUGUUGCAGGUUGAGGUCGGAAGCACAGCAUGGAAUAGGAGCAUCAUUGAGAUCGAAAGCACCAUGUAUGGACACGGAGAGUAUCCACAGACUGAGGCUAUUUUAUUUCAGACCAUGGCACCCACUCUGGUUGUAGCUCAGACACAAAGUGUUAAUAUUCUUCAGGAUGCGUAUGUCGCAUGUAUGUCUCGACUUAACGCUUCGAUUGAUGGUCAAGCAGAUGGUGCUAUGCAGCAACAUCAAGAGAUAAGUUUAGGAAGGCGCGUUGCCAAAUUUGAAGAUGCUGUCCGUGCAACCUUGCCAGGCACGCAUCACCAUUGGUAUGCACUUGUUGGUAAGAUUUCUGAGCUCUGGCUUGCAAAAGAUGAGCAGUCGGCUCAGCUAGGCGAUCGAUUGCUGAGUCAGGUUAUGGCAAUGCAUCCUCGUCAUCACUCGUUUACACAAACCAACAGUAAGCACCAUCACCACCAUCAUGAAUCAGAAUUAGCAUUGGAAUCAGAGCUUGUCGAAUCGAGUUUCCAGUAUUACGAUCAAAUGAUCGUGUAUUCGUUACUAGAGUAUGCUUACUUGAGGCGUGGAAUGGCGGGUCCUAGUGUUCGCUGUGGAGAGAAAGCUUUGGCGCUUAUGAAUGAGCGCCGCCGUGCUACGGGAUCCAAAGCCUCUCUUGCAACUGCUCAUCAUCCAAUAGUCUUCCCUUCUGGGACAGAUGGGUAUGGCGACGAUAAAGCACUGUUGGGUGUUGCUUGCUUUGCAAUGAAUCUCACUGGAUUUGUGCAGAUCAAGGCUCGUAUUGGUCUGUGGCGCGGUGUGGAAGCUUUGAGCACAUUGAUCAAGAGGUCACGCCAGAGUGUACCACGAAAUGGAGAGGAGGAUGACAUGUCGCAGACUGAAAUUCUCGAUCACAUCCGCACUACACUUCUGCCGCUGACGGUCCAUCUGCGUCGUCAACUAGAUGAUGAAUCGACGACUAUGUUGUCCAUGAUGCAGUUUGCUUCGAGCUCAACACGAAAUAAGGUUGUCCGUCGUCCAACAAUUGAUUUCGAUCCCGCACUGCGGUUCCUGAUCGAUAUUGGAUGUGUAGCCUAUGGUGCUUGGGAGGAUGGGUCUGAUGGCUCAGAUUCCGGAUGUGGCAGUGGUGGCGAAGAGGAAGAGAAGUAUCGCGAGGAUAUGAUGUCUCCAACGACUUCAUCCUUCAAGCAAAAAGCAGGUCUUUUCACAAAGAAGACUGAUGCUGAGAAGGCGUGGGAGCUGUGCCAAGGAUUGUAGCCAAAAUAGCAAGUACAUUCAUACACCUCAUAUAUAUAUAUCUAUUAUUUAUUUCCUCCAUUAAAUGAUUUUAUUAAC